AUGAAUAUUAUUACAUCGUUUAAUGCAUCUUUAAAUGGAAUAUUAAGUGAAAUAUUAAGUGAAUUAGCGGAUGAGUCGAAUUACUAUGAUGAUUCAUUAAGUGAAAUUCGCCAAUCAAAUAAAAUGAUAAGGUCAUUAAAACAAAUAAUUGAUACUUUAAAUAUAAUUGAAGCCUGCAACAAUAGUAAAGAUGGUUGCAAGGAAAGGCUUUUAAAAAAGAAAGAAUACAAAACUUAUAAAAUGUUAAUAGACGAAUUAGCAGAAGUGUCAGCCGAUAAACUAAAUGAAAGAUUAAUUGAAUUAGAUGAUAAAUUAAAUUACAAAGUUGUAUGUCAUAAAUUUCAAUCAGCAGAAAAAAACCGGGAAGAAAUCAUUAAUUCGGAAAAAUAUUUAUUACAAAUAAAAAAUUAUAAACAACAUCCAGAAGCAUUCUAUACGAGUCGUCCAAUAAGUAAUUUAAUUCAGCAAGCUCAUGAUUUAUCAAAUUUAAGGGUCAGGCAAGGUGCUACAAUAAAUUACAAUUUUAGUAGCAAUGUAGUUUUCACUAAUAAUUAG